AUGGCAGCCAAGGGACCGGAGUGUUCAAUCUGUUUUGAACAUUACAAUGACGAAAACAAAUGUCCUCGGUUGCUAAGUUGUGGACACAGCUUCUGCCAGAUUUGCCUGGAGAGACUGCUCCAUGGUAACACCAUUGAUUGUCCCAAAUGCAGAAAUCCAGUUGCCGUUCCUUCGGGGGUCCAUGAUCUGUCAAAGAAUUUUGCAUUACUGGACAUCGUGAAUGAAACGGCACCCAAACAACAUGCUGGGAAUACAGGUCAUACAGGCACGCACGAAUGUGAAGCUUGUGAUGAACAACACCCAGCAACGUUCUUUUGCUUGGACUGCAAAGAAAACAUGUGCAAAACUGCAGCUCAGAUUCAUAAACGCAGCAAAUUAAGUCGUGACCACCGAGUUGUUACCUUCAAGGAACUGAAAGCAAACCCUCAGUUGGCUUCUGUAUCGGUUCUCUGUCCGGAGCAUAACGAUCAAUUCCGCUUUUUCGACGAAAGUUGUGGUCAUCUUAUUUGUAGAGACUGUUGUGCCUUUAAUCAUAACGGGCACAAGUGUGUAGCAGUAGCUGAAGCUGCUUCAAAAUAUCGACAGGAGAUGGAGGCGCUUGUCACCAAAGCCAGCUGUCAAGUCGAAAAGAUUAAAGUUGCUGAAGCUCAAGUGGUGCAAGAAGUUUCGUUAACGGAUGGAGCUUGCGUAAAACAGCGUGAAAAAAUUCAAGGCUUUUUUAGAGAGGUAUGGCAUAUCUUUGUUAUUGGGGUGAAUGACAUUGACGUUACAAGAAGUAUUCCUUACCACUUACGAGUUACGAUCCGAAUUUUCUGUUGCCGUUUAACGGUUUCUGCUAACAAUUAGAUAAAGAAACAAAAUAAUCUCAGCAUGGAAUGCAGAGACCAGUGAUUUGUUAAUAGUUAUUCUGAACUAAGGCCAAUGAACUACAACCAGUUGCAAAAAUGUUGAGACUCUCCCACGAAAAAACGACCUUUCUUGCUUCAAAUCGCUCCUGGUCACAGGUCUGCGAGAUAUAAUACUGACCUCCCUCCUCCCUCCCAUUCAAAGUUGUUCCUCCAAGUUUUGAGCCUGGUCUUGUAUUGCUAGCAACUUUGAUAAGGGGUGAAGAGGGGAUCACAAGCAGAAGAUCAUGGACCGGCAAUUUAUGCCAAAAUACGGUACAGUGUCUCAAGUACUUUUGCAACUGGUUGUAGCUAUUUAAGGGUAGGCCGCUCCCGGAUCAUGAUUAUUGAACGUAUUCACUGAACUCACCUCGUACAUGUAGCUAGCCUCCCACACAGACGUAAGCCCUUCCGAAGAACUUCCGCGUUAAAGACUUCUUCGUAGCCUGCGUGCAAACGUCUCCAAUUUCCUUUGCACACAGACUACGCACCUCGGGACGCACCUAUCAACCGUUUUUUAUCUGGAUUGUUUGUGUGGAAUAGAUCCGCGGAUAUUACAGAGUGUGUGUUUUCUUUUGCAUAUUUAUAGCUUCAUUCCGCACUAUCUAACCGAGAGCAAGUUUUGAUGGAUAAGUUGUCCAGUAUACAUCAACAAAAGAAAUCCAUCCUCACGGAGCAGCUUGGCCGUUUGCGAGUAAACCAAACAUUUUUAGAGAGUGUAGUUCAACGGGCAAAGUCCUCCAUCCAAUCUCCGAGCGAUGUUCAGUUCCUUCUCAGCAGGCCGGAUAUAGUGUCCAUGCUCGAGACCGAAGAAAGCUACUCAAUGGUGCUUGAGCCAGAAGCACAGUUUUUGCCGGAGUUCACCAAGGAAGAAAGCUGGAACACGAUGGUGAGAAUUUAAACGUUGUGAUUUUAGUUACAGUGAUGAUUCGAUUUAGCGCCAGAGGCCCAGUUGUUCGAACGCCGGUUAGCGCUAACCAGGGUUAAAUUUUAACCUGUUUUUUUUUCUUUUUAUCAAAAGCACUAUCUCGGAUACUUUUCUCUAACAGUAUUCUUUUUAGAGUAUCCAAUCAUCAAAUUGUAGGCAAAGAGAAUUUAACUGAAUUUGCUUUUUAAGCCCUCAUGUCUGAGUUCAAAUUUCGCACUCACCCUUGGUUAGACAAGGCGCUUAUUCGGGACAGGGCGCUUAUUUCUUUUUUGAGAAACAACCGAAUGUUCGAAACAAAACUUUAAUAUUUAUCAAAAAAGGAACAAUAACAGAAACUGUAAUAGUAACAAAUAUACGUCGAAUGUUCAGUUAACGUGAGGGAAUUUUAAUCUAUUUCUACGCUGAUAGCUUUGACAGUGUCACUUACAUCAAUACCGUAAAAUAAAAGCUUCCCGUUGCGGUAUCUUUGACGUCCAAUUCGUUGAUCCCGUCGAAAGGAUCCUUAAUUGUCGCGUGGAAAUAAAAUAAUUGCUCAAUGUAACGGACUUAUCCCUGGAUCCUUCCUCGCCACAACGACCAGCCAGAGAAGAAGAUAUCAUUCGUUUGAAGAAUUUAUGCACUCACAUGGACAUAAUAGUUGAGAAACUCAGAUGAAGACCACUUUUUUUGUAAUGCAGCAUUAACGUUCGUUUGUGGGCAAUUAAAGGAAGGUGAACCUCGGUUGAAAGUAUCCGUACUCGAAUAUUAUAAUAACAGAAACCCAUAAGGGGUUGAAACGUGUAACUCGCGUUCGACGCUUGUGAAUAUUCAUUUUGACCAUAGUUGGAAAUCUUUUCAACAAAAUGGCUGCUGCGCGAUCACCAUGCAGAUGUUUUAAGACAAGAGUUCUGCAUUUCAAGGUUAAAAAUACACCGUUAAGAGACAAAAAAUGGAAAGAGAAAGUUCAAAAGAAUGCUCAGCUUUCUUUUUGUGGAGAAAGGGAAGCUUUUCAUCAAGAAAUCGUCCUUCGAGGAAUUCAACCUUGUUUUCUUCACGGCGGAGCCUAUGGUCUGUUUUGAAAUGCAACCAAGUCAGCGAAGUUUUUUGCUGAAUUUUCAGGUACAUUUCGAAAUCAAUGGCCAAGACAAUUACGUUUUUGAAAGGGAAUUUAUCUAUUUUUAAAUGUUUCAUAGACGUUUUAUAAAUUUUUCUCUUCAGCGCUAAAGGAAAAUUCACAAAAUGUGCCCUGAUUUGAGAUGGAUUUUGUGUUGAAUUUUGCCAUGUGCUUAGCCGAUGUUAGUUGCGUGAACGGAUCCACGAUCCAGAUAGUGUUUUCAUUUUUCCCUCGUUUGUCGGCCAUAUUUUUAAGCAGGUACGGGAACCUGAAGGAAAACUACGUCACGUUGUUUACGAAGUUUGAUUGGUCAGUUAUCUCUUCUUCUCGUUCCAAAUAUGGUACCUUCGAAAAUGAAUAAUCACGAGCAUCGGACAAAGCAAACAUAUGAGAGUUACACGUUUCAACCCCUUAUGAGUUUCUGAUAAUAAUUAUUAGAAUAGGGUCGCGUAGCAGAAUGGGAGCGGUUAUUAGAAUGGGGGCGCUUACUGGAAUGGGGGCGCUAAAUGGGACAGGGGCGCUUAUUAACAAAAACACAUUAGAAGGGGUGCGCUUAUUCGAAAGGGGGCGCUUAUCGGAAGGAUGGCGCUAAAUCGAAUCAUUACGGUAUCCAUGAAUUAGCCUGGGACGGCUUUUGUCGGGUGCCAAUUUUUUUCUCCGGGAUAAGAAGUCUAGCAGAUAUUCUUGACAUAGCAGUUGCAUGUCAUCCGUUGAUUAGUUUUUUUUUCCUGUCCUUGUUAUGUUUUCAAGCCGUAUUUAGGAUAUUUAUUUUAUUAAGACGAUGCUUGGGCCUGCUGCAAUGCAGGCCAUAUGCACACAGCGAUUGGUCGUUGUCCAUGAUCCAGUAUAGUACAGACCCACGUCAAAAUGCAUUUCUCUGUUCACAAAUAUAUUUCUCUACGAACUCAUUCAAUAUAGAUUCAGGAAAGGCAUCCGCGGUAUCCGGAAUUCGACCAAAAUUCGGAGCGGAAUUCGAGAACAGUUAAAGGAAUACGGGAUUUAACUGCUACUGGGACGAGGGAUGCGCCAAAAUGUGGGCACUGUACGGGAUAUGGAAAGAAAAUGAUAUUCGGAAUGGAGAUGAGAUCGCGUGAAGUCCAGAAUGCGGGAUUCUCGUGGAAAAGGAGCGAGAAUGUGGGAUCAGGAUCCUAUCAACAGUUAUUUGAAAAUAAUGUGGUUGUCGCAACUCAAAGUUAAUUGAUAAGACGGCUAAGAAACAGACUAUCAAGCGAAAGAUGUAUAUAUGCAUGAGAUAAGGAAAUCGUUUAUUAUUAAAUUGAAUUUGUAGAGAAUGUAAAAUAGGUAAACUCAAUGCAGUGAUCUCUAACUCUUUCUUGCCUAUAAAGACCCGCACCAACAAGAGUAUAGAGGAAGUCAUCCAGAACGCAGGCGCAAUCAACGAUAAUUCAACCUGUGCAGCAAACACUACUGCAACUGGCCUGGGAAUAGCAACCGCAAACCCAGGAAGGAAGGUGACAUUCACUAUUACUUCUCGCGACAGCCAAAACGUUCAACGCAAGGUUGCUGGCGACGUUUUUGAGGUGAAACUGAAACCAGAGGUGGGAGGAGAUGAUAUAAAGGUAGAGUUAAACGACCGAAAGGAUGGAACUUACUUGGCAGAAUAUACUGUCGACAAGUUGUAUGGUAAAUUGACAUUGUCCGUGUGCUUGCGAGGUGCCCACAUCAACGGCAGCCCUUUUUCUGUACUAGUAGAACCUCCAAGGUUAUAUGCUGAUCUAGGAAAACCUGUGCACCCAAUUACUCUUCUACAAGAACCUCUAAAGCCAUUUGCUGAUCUAGGAAAACCUGUGCACCCAAUUACUGUUCUACAAGAACCUCUAAAGCCAUUUGCUGUUCUAGAAGAACCUCCAGGGCCAUUUGCUGUAGAGGAACCUCCAAGGCCAUUUGCUGUUCUAGAAGAACCUCCAGGGCCAUUUGCUGUUCUAGAGGAACCUCUAGGGCCAUUUGCUGUACAGGGGUCUCCAACGUCAUUAGCUGUUCUAGAAGGAACUCUAGGGUCAUAUGCUCUUUUCGAGGAAACUGUAGGGGAACCUCUAAGGACAAUGCCAAGGCCAAAAACCGAGGUGAACACCAGAAAUUACAGACAAUCGCUUUUGACUGGGUACCACGGAAGGGGCACGAGAAGAGUAUCGACGCCAAGGCAAAAACAUAAGUAUACGUCAGAGUGUGUAUCGCUUUCGACUGAGAAUGACGUACCAGGCACGAGUGGUUUACCGAAGAAGAUCGACAAACGGCCCUUACCAUUUUCAAAGAAAUUUCGGUAA